CGAUGCCGCCCAUUUGGACACCUAUUCCGCCCGACCUACACCAGCCCGCGUGCUCCUGCAGCCAUCGGCAUGGGCUCUCCGAUUGGACAGCUUAAGGGAGGUGUGGCCGGAAGAGGCGAGUCUCAUUGGCAGAGGCGUGACCGACGGUGUGUGCGGAACAUGGCGGAGCGCGGGAGGAAGCGGCCCUGCGGCCCGGGUGAACACGGCCAAAGGAUUGAGUGGCGAAAAUGGAAGCAACAGAAGAAAGAGGAGAAAAAGAAAUGGAAGGAUCUCAAGCUGAUGAAAAAACUGGAGCGGCAGCGGGCACAGGAGGAACAGGCAAAGCGCCAGGAAGAGGAGGAGGCAGCGGCAGAGAAGGAGGACCGCGGGCGGCCCUACACACUGAGCGUAGCCCUGCCGGGCUCUAUCCUGGACAAUGCUCAGUCGCCGGAGCUUCGCACCUACUUGGCCGGUCAGAUUGCCAGAGCCUGUGCCAUCUUCUGUGUGGAUGAGAUCGUGGUGUUUGAUGAGGAGGGCCAGGAUGCCAAGACUGUGGAGGGGGAAUUCACAGGAGUUGGGAAGAAGGGGCAGGCGUGCAUACAGCUGGCCCGGAUCCUGCAGUACCUGGAGUGUCCGCAGUACCUGAGGAAGGCAUUCUUCCCCAAGCACCAGGAUCUACAGUUUGCAGGGCUCCUGAACCCCCUGGACAGCCCCCACCACAUGCGUCAGGACGAGGAAUCCGAGUUCCGAGAGGGUAUCGUGGUGGAUCGGCCCACCCGGCCAGGCCACGGCUCCUUUGUCAACUGUGGCAUGAAAAAGGAGGUGAAGAUUGACAAGAACCUGGAGCCCGGGCUUCGGGUGACCGUGCGACUGAACCAGCAGCAGCUCCCAGACUCUGUCACCCCUCCAGAAUGCAAGACCUACCGUGGCAAAGUGGUGUCAUCGCAGGACCCUCGCACCAAAGCUGGUCUCUACUGGGGCUACACCGUCCGACUGGCUUCCUGCCUCAGUGCUGUGUUUGCUGAGGCCCCCUUCCAGGAUGGGUAUGACCUGACCAUCGGGACGUCAGAGCGCGGCUCAGAUGUGGCCUCUGCCCAGCUUCCCAACUUCAGGCAUGCUCUUGUGGUGUUCGGGGGCCUCCAGGGUCUGGAAGCUGGAGUGGAUGCUGACCCCAACCUGGAGGUGGCUGAACCCAGUGUCCUCUUUGACCUGUACGUCAAUACCUGUCCUGGCCAGGGUAGCCGUACCAUCCGCACAGAGCCACGUGCAGCUGGAGCCUUCGUCCUGGGCCUCAUGGAACCUGCGUACCCACUUUUGGAGUCAGGCAUAGGACGCUGUGCUUCGGGAAGUCUGCUGGGAAGGCUGGUACACCCAUCAAUCUCACAGGGCCGACAGCCCUGUCUACCCAUCCCUACAGCCUUGCCCAAGCCAAGCAGUCUGAGCCUGACAGCUACACCCCCCAGCAAGAACCCUGGCUCCCACCCUUUCAACCCCUGCAUGAGGGGAAGCCAUCCUCAUCUCCCUGGCCGCCCUGCAGCCUGGCCUCACCCAGGCGGGUGCCCAGCACACCUGAAAGUUCUAAGGGGCCCAGGACAGCAGUGAAGCAGCAGUGAAACCAGGGGCUCUGCAGGUCACUUGGGACGGACACCACCAGACUUGUCUCCAAAAGUUACCACCUUUAAUACGCCCGGCCUGCACACACCCAGUCUCGCUGGGCUCCACCCUCACUUACUACCCGCUGUGAUGGCCUUGAGGCUGCCUGCCCGCGCCAGGAUGUUUGGCACAAAGAGCAGCCCCGAAGCCCGCUCGACGCUCUCGAUGGGCACCAGGAAGCGCUCCAGUGGGAUGGCCUCAUCCACAGGUGCGUUGGGCAUCACGUAGGAGCGGAGCUCAGUUUGCCCACCUGCUGCCUCCAGGAUCAGCACCUUGAAGAAGUGUGUGGGCACUGCCACGUGGUUCUUGCCAAUGACCUGGUACUUUACGUAGGAUUUCCCAUCAGCCUCUGUCCUGUGGGCAGACCCAGGCACACGUGGGCAGGGGGCCUGGAUGAAGCCAAGGCCACCUCUUCCAGGGAGCCUUCCCUGAUCUGUCCUCUAACUUCUGUCAACCUGCAGGACCACUCCCUCACUGUGAGACUUCUGUAGCCUGCCUGGCUCCUCCUUGAGGCUGGAACUCUCUCCAGGGUGGUUAACUCUUUCCCUCUGUUUUCCUUAUGCCCAACACUGGGUCAGGCAGAGUGGGCGACAAUAAAUGCUGCUAGAAGAA